AUGUCGAGCCCAUAUAAGGAGCUAGAGCUUAUCCAAUUACCGUACACUCUGACGUCCGUCUUGUCCCUCUCCUACUUCUCUAAUGCCUUCAAAGCACUGGACAGCGUUGUAGCGACCCAAGGCCGCAGCACCCUCGCAAAAUCGUGCAUCCGCCAGCUCAGAAAGCUUCAAGAGCCUCAGGCCGUUGCAGUGGUCGAGGUUCUCAAUACUGUGGUGGGCAAUGUUGCAGAAGUCCAGGACAACCUCUGGAUCAUUUUCCUUUUAGUUGGAUUACUUUGGUGCUUGCCCUCAGUGAACAACGACGAGAGCAUUCGAGAAAACAUGCCUGAUGCAAGAUUGAUGACUAGGCCCGAGACUCGUAUGUCAAGAGCUUCCGCCCCUUGA